CAUCAUCCAUACCACGGGCGCGAAGCGGAGGGAGGAGGGAGACAAGAGGAAGAGGGAGAGAUAAGAAGGAGAGACACGGAAGAGAUAGAGAGAGCGAGGGAGCGAGCGAGGGAGGAGGGAAAAUAUGGAGGAGGUUCUAUCCCGAAAGGAAAAGCUCGCGGCGUGGCGAGCUGCGAAAGGCAAACCGUUGGAGGCACAUAAGGCAGCAGCAGCCGGAGGGGGAGGAGGAGGAGCGGCGGGAAAAGGAGCAGCAGCAGCUGCGGGGCGGGCAGGGAAGAAAGAUGUGGCGAAAGGUGUGCUGCAGGCGAGGCCAGGUGCAGGAAACAUGGUGAACAAAAGGACCGCUCCUCCGCAGCGCAAGCCGUUCCAGGUGGACACAAGAAGCAUACAGCAGGCCAGCGAACGCCGCGUACAGCCUGGAACUCCGAUCCACUCCCUCAAGAAGCGCCUCAAGCGCACCGCCGUAGCAGCAGCAGCAGCGGUCAAACCAGCACCCGUACGUUCGGCACCAGCGGCAGCGGCAGGAGGGGGAGGCUCUGUGAUUCCCACCGCUCGGGCACAGGGAAAGGCAAAGGCAGCUGCGGCUGCAAGAGUGCCAGGGCAUAUGAACGGAGUGAGUCGGAGCUUGGACUCUGCGAGGACGAAGGAGGUGUCGGACUAUCUCAAGAGCCAGAUCAGCGAGGCCAACAUGCUGCUCGAGAUCGCGGGCGUUGACGCUGCGCGCACGCUAUUGGGAGACCUGCUGUAUUCGGCCGGAGGUGGACGAGGAGUGGGCGAGCUAGCGCUUUACUGGGCGGCUCGCGCAAAGCUGGAAGAGGACGCCGGUAUGUAUCUCGAGGCUAGGAAGCUUUUGGACGAUGGUGAAGCGUACAUCUCCAUGCCUACCCAGCAAAAGGUCAUGGCCAAGGUCGUGGCCGCCUUCGAAGGCCGCAUGAACGCCCGUGCAGAAGCCGACAUCGAUCGUCUCCUCGAGGACUCGGUCGAUGGCUUGUCUCUCAACAACUCUGCCGCAAACAGCAACUCGCCCGCGAGCUCCGCUCCGUUCCGCUACGACCCGAACGAUCUGAGCACGGAGGAUGACACUGGCAGCGCGCAGUCGGCCAUCAAAAACCUCAACUUUUCCAAGAUUGCCAAGGAGAGCGGCGGCCGCGGUGGUGCCAGCGUGGACCGUGCUUCCCGUGCCGGCUCUAGCACGAGUGGCAGCGGUAGCAACACGAGCCUUACGACAAGGAGCGGGGCCUCGCCGGAUUGGAUGAGAGGUGCUAACGAAGAAGUAGAAGAAGACGAAAAAGAUUCGCAAGCCGCUUCGUCAGGGGCCAAGGGCGGCGCGACGGCAAGUGGCGAGGGAAUCGAAUCCUUUUCGGGAGUGAUCUACAGUGACGACGACAGUGAUCUGAGCGUUAGCGAUAUCGACGAGGGUGUCAUCGCACGAGCCAAUGCCUUCGCUGCCGAAGAAGAUGCUCGGAAGGCUCGCAUGGAGGCAGAGGAGGCCGGUCGUGUACCCGGUGGUGUUGCCAGGGACGUUGUUGAUGAUGGUGCUGGGGCCAAGGACGGGAGCUUGCGUGAAGAGGAUGUGGUCGCGGAGGUGCCGGAAGGGGCAGACCUGGAUGCCGGUGCCGCUCGUGAAGCUACUGCUGGUAACGAUGAGCGCGCGAAGAAGAGCGGUGCCAACGGUGACAGCAAUGACCGUGGCGUCUCCUCGACUUCCUCGUCCACGCACAUGGCCAUGGCUCCCCCUCCGCCUAAGCUUGCCACGGCGGCGGCGGCGUCGGUGGCGAUGGCGAUGGUGGCUCCCGAGCCCCGGAAGAGGAAGGGUACCCCCCACCCCAAGCCACUGGUGAAGAGGACCACCCCGAGGCGCGGCAAGGAUGUCGACGGAGAAGAGCUCUCGCCCGGCAGUUUCAUCACACAGGUGGAGGGAACGGGCAAGGACGGGAAGCGAACCCUGACGCCGGUUAGGAGGUCGAGGCGAAUCAGCGGCGUCGCUAAGGAGCCGACUCCCGCUCUUCUCAGGAAGGAAAUGGAGGCCAUGCUUUGAAUGUUUUGAUGAGCCAUGCGGUAUGUUGCCGCCUGGGGCGAUUCAUCGCUUGGAUUUUCAACACACAGGAACAGAGCAAGCUGCGGUUAAAAAUGGUUGGAGACCGCUCGCGACGGCUGAUUUAGUGGAUUCCAACUGCCUAUACUGCUGCCGGUGCAUGUUGCUGCACACCAUCGUACGCACGUGCUGCUUUCGGUAGGCUGGUGAUGGCCCUGCCUCGCGCAUAUUUUCAUCAUCAGCUAAUCAGCUUGUCAGUGGCCUGCCUAUCUUGUGUUGUACGGUCUAGACUAUAUAUCCUGUCAAGCCAUCCAGUCUAGCCAUGUCGGCUGCAAAGAUGCCCGCUCACCUGUCCGCGCCUGGAGCACGUUCGAAAUACCGUACUAACCCCACACCUAUUUCUUCUUGGCGCACAGUCAGCGUGGUGUUUUCGCUCGUCCUUGUCUAUCAGGAAUUGAUUCAUUGUUUUUGGAGACGGACUUGCUGGUAUCCUUUUCGUGUUCGUUUGUUUUGGCGCAGCCGCCUAGCUUGGUUUGGACAGCGUAAGAGUCGAUUCGGAAAGAGUCAGGGAUGAUUUGUAUAAGCUUGUCCCAUGGCGAAGUCAAUGUUACAUGUUCAGCAGGAAGAGCUACAUGGGGGCAGGCCGCUUGCAUAGCACGAGGAUUUGUUUUCUCCAUUGGACUUGGUGUGGCAAGCAUUGCACUCCUCUCGCUCUCACGUCCCAAUAUGGUAGUAGUCCCAAUAACGUGUAUCAGCGCGAUAGCGGUCUGCGAUAAUGGCCGGUCACCCGUUGGAGGCACUUGGUAGGGCACACCAAACACGCGUGUGCGCUGUUUGUACACCACGGAAAAACUUUGUUCUAAUGACGAAAGCUCAAUCCCAACGGUGCAUGCUGUACUAUUGGCGUCAACCGUUGUGCCCGCAAAGCGUCAGCUUGAAGCUCUUCCAGCAUAUAUAUGCGGGUUCUUCCGUCAUUUUUUGGUUCGAGUUGUAUCUUGGUGUUCAAGGCCACGGUCAACGCCCCCAAAGAUCCGUCAUCCGUCCGUUAUUCGUAGUCUGGUCUAUUUGUGUGGACGCGUGAGUCGUUCAAGACUCACUGUUCCAAACACACACUUUGUUGUUGCUACAUUUAUUGCCUGGCUGUUCAUGCCCAGUCUGUAGAGAACGUGGUUGUAGCGUUUUCACCUCGCUGCUCGUAGAUUCAUCCUGCACGCGUGCGUGCGUUCUGUCUUUGAGGGAAAGAUUGUGUUCGUUUUUAUUCUUUCUCUAAAAUAGCUUCUGUUUUUUUCUGCGUGUUUUGAAAGGUGUGCGUGUUUGAGUUUGUGGUUUUAUGGGUGGGUCUGUUUGUUUUUUCUUUCGCAGUGGCUACAAAGCGGUUUGGGGGGGAGUACGGAGAACGAGGUUCGGAUGCAUGCAAUGUUUUUUUUUUU